AGCGUAAGGGCCGUUGGUGCCUAACGCAGCGGUUACUUAAAGGUCCGCGCAGGCGCCACUACGUCGUGGUUCUCGGGUGGGCGUCUGCGGAGCUCAGUAGUCAUGGCCAGCCACAUCGUGCUGUCUACCGGCGCCAAGAUGCCCAUCGUGGGGCUGGGCACCUGGAAGUCCCCUCCGGGCAAAGUGACAGAAGCUGUGAAGGUGGCGAUUGACCUGGGGUACCGCCACAUUGACUGUGCUCAUGUGUAUCAGAACGAGAACGAGGUGGGGUUGGCCAUCCAGGAGAAGCUCAAGGAGCAGGUGGUGAAGCGUGAGGACCUCUUCAUCGUCAGCAAGCUGUGGAACACAUAUCAUGAGAAAAACCUGGUGAAAGGAGCCUGUCAGAAGACGCUCAGUGACCUGAAGCUGGACUACCUGGACCUCUACCUUAUCCACUGGCCGACGUGCUUCAAGCCUGGGAACGAGUUUUUCCCGCUGGAUGCCAAAGGCAACGUAAUUCCCAGCAGCACCGAUUUUCUGGACACCUGGGCGGCCAUGGAAGAGCUGGUGGACGAAGGGCUGGUGAAAGCUAUCGGAAUCUCUAACUUCAACCAUCUCCAAAUCGAGAGGCUCCUAAACAAACCUGGCUUAAAAUACAAGCCAGUGGUUAACCAGAUCGAGUGCCACCCGUACCUAACUCAGGAGAAGUUAGUCCAGUACUGCCACUCCAAAGGCAUUGUGGUGACUGCUUACAGUCCCCUUGGGUCCCCCGACAGGCCCUGGGCCAAGCCUGAGGACCCUUCCCUACUAGAGGAUCCCAGGAUCAAAGCAAUAGCUGGCAAGUACAAUAAAACCACAGCCCAGGUUCUGAUCCGGUUCCCCAUGCAGAGGAAUUUGGUCGUGAUCCCCAAGUCUGUGACGCCUGAACGCAUUGCUGAGAACUUUCAGGUCUUUGACUUUGAACUGAGCACGGAGGAUAUGACCACCCUACUCAGCUACAAUAGGAACUGGCGCAUCUGUGCCCUGGUGAGCUGUACCUCCCACAAGGAUUAUCCCUUCAAGGAAGAGUUUUGAAGUUGUGGGUGCCUGCUCUUUUCCCGCCUCAUUCUCCCUGUGUGUAGUGUAGUCUGUCCCUCUGCAGUGGGUCAGCGACCUGCUGACGAACCAGCGAGGGCUCGGCCCGCUUGGGGUAGCAUCUGAAGAGUAGUAUCAGUAGAUUAGAAGUCUCUUCCAGUUUUCUUUGCCCUUUUUGUCCAGCUGGGGAAAAUACAGCCUCCAUAACCAUUUUCUGACGAAGUUGAAUCUACAAAGUGAAGAAUAGUGCCACUAACAAUUGGGUUUUGGCUUCUUGGAAUUGGGUUAUCCUUUCAGCCAAACUUCUUGCCUCAAAUAAAAGAUACUUUUGUGAGCUUAAUGCUGUUCGUUGUUGAAA